AUGCUCAAUUGUCAAAAAACCUCAGAGGAGGUCGAUACCCAGUACGAGCCGAUGAUCACUUCAGAGGAGGUGGAGGACGAAUUGUUUCGUCUGGGUGCCUCCUCCGACACGCUCACCAAGCUCAAAGUGUUUGAUGAAAUGGUGCACAAGCCGACGUCAGGCAACCUCGACAGGUCCAUCCGCACCAAGGCCCUGCGUUGCAUGUGGCGAAUGCUUCAGGAAAAAGGCCUUGCUGCUGAGAAAACCUGGUUCAAGGCGGCCCUCCUUCUCGAUCGCGUGACGGCAAGCAGCUUCUUCCGCUUAGAAGAGAUGCCGCUGACCUGCGUGUACUUGACGAGGCUUGUCUUGAAGUGCGCCUCCCGCGUGCCCAAGGGUGCAGAUGAAGAAGACCCCAGCAUGGUGCUCAAAGACUUUGCGACCUGGCUGGACUCGACGCAGAACUUGGCGACUUCAAAGGUGUCCAACCAGGCGCUCCUGACGCAUGAGGAGAAGGUCUUGAAGGCACUCGACUGGCAGGUGGAAGUGUCCAGCAUGGAGAAGUGGUGCUUUCUCUUCUUCACUCGCUUCGGAUUGGCGGGCUGGGAGUUCCAGGCGCCUCUCCGGCAGAUGCAUGAACAGGCUUUGCUGCUUGCACGCGCCGUGGUGAUGUGCUUUCCAAUGCUGAGCCACAAGAAGCUGGCCGCCGGACUGUUUUGCCUGAGCUUUGUGUACUCGGGCCUACUGCCAACGGCCAGCCUGCGGCCUUCGGACGUGAAUGCUACGGAGUGGAGCGCGCUUUUGGCAGCGAAUGGAAAGCUGCCUCAAUGCCGUUUGCCGCAGGCGAUUACGAUGAGGCUUAUGCACAUGAUCUGCCUCUCCGUUAAGGAGAGGCCGGAUGACAUCCGUGCCUGGUCAAGACAAACAGUAGAAACCUUGGGCGAAACACUUCGUCAAGUUCGCAUGUUUCACGAUGGGCAAGAGCUGUGGAACAUCUAG